AAAUCCAGAGGCUUCUUGCUGUGAGAGCGGGCUCUUUGAUCUCGGCAGAGGCUGGGCUGAAGGAGUUAAUCCGGAGCGAGUAAACGGGUCGGGGGGAAUGCUGGAGUUGACACUUAAACAGGAGAGGCGGGUCCUUCUGGCUCCUGAUUGGCCUCCACUCCCAUCCAAAACUUUUUUUUUUUUCCUUUCCCUUUUUCACUUCUCCUCCUCCUGCUUCUCCGGGUCCCAGGGGAGGGGGAAGCGGAAUAGUGCGAGAUCAAAAAUAAACCUCUUAUGUCAAAGCAGGGGGAAGAAAGUAUAAAUACCGAGGAGUCGGCAGCCCGCUUUGGGGCUGCAAAGGCUUUGGAGGGGCUGCUCCAGGUCAGAAGCGCCUGGGGAAGACAGGAGGGAAGCAAGCUCUUAGAGAGAGCGAGAAGCCCCUUCCCCGAGCCCCCUCCGCCUCAGCACCUUGCCCAAGCAGCCAGCUGACUUGCUGCUGCUGGGUGUUGGGCUUGCAAAGGUGCAGGGCGCUCCCAGCCCGGGCUCUGGAGGGCAGCGGCGUUUUCUCCAUCUCUCCCGCUCUCCCCUUGCUGGUAAUUAAACCAGCCGGCGUUAAUCUCUCCCUCUUCUCUGGCAUCUGGCUUCACGCCCCAGCGCCGGUCCCACGCCGGCUUCUGCCCUGCCCUGCCCUGCCCUGCCGGGGGCGGCACUUGCCGUCGCGCUUGUCCGGUCCCACCAUGCCCCUUUCCCGUCGGGAGCCGCCCGUGCCUGGCAGGCGGGCACCUGCCUUCCCCCUCCUGCUGCUGCUUCUGGGGGCUGCCCGGGCGCUGCCCAGCCCGCCCGGGGACUCCCAGGAGGUGGUGCCGGUGAGGAUCCCAGACCCGCGGGGCGGAGAGCGGGUCUCCUUCUGCCUCUCCGCCUUCAGCCGGGACUUCGUGCUGCAGCUGGCGCCCGAUGCCCGCUUCCUCGCCCCCGGGCUGCAGAUCCAGCGCCUGGGCCGGCGGGGCCCGCCCGGCCCGCGGGCAGAAGGCGACGAGGCGGGGCUGCGGAAAUGCUUCUACUCCGGGACCGUCAACUCGCAGCCCGGCUCGCUGGCGGCCGUGAGCCUGUGUCGGGGCCUCCGCGGCUCCUUCCUGGUGGACGGGGACGAGUACCUGGUCCAGCCCGCGGGCCGCAGGGGCGCCGAGCCGCUGCUGCAGCCGCACCGGCUCCAGAGGAGAGCGGGCCGGGCGCCCGGGAGCCCGCUGCCCGUGGGGACCCGCAGCCGCGCCAAGCGCUUCGUGUCCGCGGCCCGCUUCGUGGAGACGCUGCUGGUGGCAGACGCGUCCAUGGUCCAGUUCUACGGGGAAGAGCUGAAGAACCACAUUCUGACCCUGAUGUCCGUGGCUGCUCGGAUCUACCAGCACCCUAGCCUGAAGAACUCCGUCAGCUUGGUGGUGGUGAAGGUGCUGGUUGUGGAGGAUGAGAAGGCCGGGCCGGAAGUAUCCGAUAAUGGAGGGCUCACGCUGCGCAACUUUUGCAACUGGCAACAGAGCUUCAACCCCUCGAGUGACCGUCACCCAGAGCACUACGACACUGCAGUCCUGCUGACUAGACAGGACUUCUGUGGGCACCAGAGCUGCGACACCCUGGGAGUGGCAGACAUUGGCACCAUGUGUGACCCGAACAAAAGCUGUUCUGUGAUUGAAGAUGAGGGUCUCCAGGCUGCCUACACCCUGGCUCAUGAACUAGGACACGUGCUCAGCAUGCCCCAUGACGACUCCAAGACCUGUGAGAGGCUCUUUGGGCCUCUGGGAAAACACCACAUGAUGGCGCCUCUCUUUGUCUACUUGAACAAGACCCUGCCCUGGUCCCCCUGCAGCGCCAUGUACCUCACAGAGUUUCUUGACGGGGGACAUGGUGACUGUCUGCUUGAUGCUCCAGCCGAACCCAUCGUCCUCCCCACAGACCUUCCAGGCCAGCUCGCCAUGUACGACCUGGACCGCCAGUGCCAGCAGAUCUUUGGCAAGGAGUUCCGGCACUGCCCAAACACCACGGACGAGGACAUCUGUGCACAGCUGUGGUGUAGAAUGGACACCAGGGAGCCCCUAUGUCACACCAAAAAUGGCAGCUUGCCGUGGGCAGACGGUACGCCCUGUGGAGUGGGCAGGCUGUGCUGGGAUGGCAGCUGCGUGGCACAAGAUGCGAGGAAGCCCCAGCCCGUGGUGGAUGGGAACUGGGGCCCCUGGAGCCCGUGGGGAGCCUGUUCCAGGACGUGCGGAGGAGGAGUGCACUUCUCGUACCGGGACUGCAACGACCCUGCGCCUCAGAACGGUGGAAAAUACUGCGAGGGUCAAAGAGCCAAAUAUCAGUCGUGCCGCACAGAGGAAUGCCCGCUGGAUGGGAAGAGCUUUAGAGAGCAGCAGUGCGAAAAGUACAACAGCUACAACUUCACAGAUCUGGAUGGGAAUCUGCUGGAGUGGCUCCCCAAGUAUUCAGGGGUGUCCCCCCGGGACCGUUGCAAGCUCUUUUGCCGAGCCAGAGGGAGGAGCGAAUUCAAAGUAUUUGAGGCCAAAGUGAUCGAUGGGACAUUGUGUGGGCCAGAGACCCUCUCCAUCUGCGUCCAUGGGCAGUGCAUCAAGGCUGGCUGUGACCACGUGGUUGGCUCCUCCAAGAAGCUCGACAAGUGUGGGGUGUGCGGUGGCAAUGGGUCAACAUGCAGGAAAAUAUCUGGCUCCCUCAACAGAUCCAAGUAUGGAUAUAAUGACAUCGUCACGAUCCCUGCUGGAGCUACCAACAUUGACAUCAAACAACGCAGCCACCGAGGGGUCCGACACGAUGGAAACUACCUGGCUUUGAGAACCCUGGAUGGCAAGUACCUCCUGAAUGGAGACUUUGCCAUUUCAGCCAUGGAGCAAGACCUCCUGGUGAAGGGGACAAUCCUGAAGUACAGCGGCUCUCUGACGACCUUGGAGCGGCUCCAGAGCUUCCAGCAGCUUCCGGAAUCUCUCACCGUCCAACUGCUGACCGUCUCCAGUGAGGUCUUCCCGCCCAAGGUGAAGUACACUUUCUUCAUCCCCAAGGAUGUCCCCUUUAGCAAGCAGAAGGUCAAGGAGAAGAAAUCCGCCAACAUCAUCCAGCCUAUGCUGACCUCGCAGUGGGUUAUGGGAGACUGGUCCGAGUGCUCCAAAACCUGCGGCUCUGGCUGGCAGAGGCGAACGGUGGAAUGCCGGGAUGUGGAGGGCCAGGCCUCUGCCACCUGCGACAAGGCUCUGAAGCCUGAGGACAUCAAGCCCUGUGGCGACCUCCCGUGCCCCAUUUGGCGCGUCGGCCCCUGGUCGCCGUGCUCCCGAACUUGCGGCGAGGGAGUGCGGACACGGAGCGCCGCCUGCAUUGACUACGAAGGAAAGAUUGUAGCCCCUGAGAAAUGCAGCUCGCCCCCGCCCCAGGCAGUGGCUGCUGCCCGUGUACUGCAAGAAGGCUGAGCCCGGGCAGGCCUAGUGCCUUGGAGACGCAUAACGUAGCCAACUAUUGACCAGACCAGACCUGGCUUGGCAAGUCAAGCAGGGACAUAGGUUUAAACGUGAACGUGCACUAAUUGAUCUGAGCAGGCCUCCGGGGGGGCAGACCUGCUUGGAAGACUCUUUUCUGGUUUCAUCCCCCACCAAUAGACAUCUACCUCAAGGGGGUGGGGGGGAAGGAAAUAGCCCGGAGGAAGGGAGGAGUCAUGUGAUUUAUUUUUACUGGUCAAUGGCAGAUGAAUUUUAAUUUAAGGAGAGAGCUGUCAUACUGUAGGCUAUUUCCCAAAAGAACAACCUGAGUUUCAGCCAUGCCCACCCACUCUCCUUCAUUAUUUACCAUAUGUGGCCUGAGACACUCACCUGCAGGGAGGCUGAGGGGUAGGAUAGCUGCACCACUUGGCUUGAAGGGGUUUCCAUUACAUUCAGGGUUCACAAUUUGGUUCAAUGGCUCUCGGCGCCCCCACUAUACAAAUUGUUCCAGCACCCCCGAGUUUAACAAAGGUUUUUUAAAAAAAAAAAAAAAAAAAACAACAACCUGUGUGGGACAAAGGGCCUGAUCCUGCCACCAUUACUUAGGUACAAUUCCCAUGUUCUUCAGUAAAGACUGUGGGAGCAGAAGCCUUAAAUAUGACCUUAUACUAAUUUGGUAAAUUCUAGUAGUGGUGUUCGGACCCAGGGCUUUGGUUCAGCCCAUUUGAAGCUGGACCCCUUUGCAAAACUUCUGUUGUGGAUGGUGGCUCCGAUUUCGGUCCCUUUAUCCCAACGUUUGGGAGUGUUUGGAUCCAGGGGGCUUGUUCAGGUCCAUCUCUAUUCUUAGAUAGUUAUAUAUGGCUGUCCACCAUCUGGACAGAUGAAAGGAGAGGGGACAAAGUCGGUCCAUCAGUGGUGCACAAAUGCAGUGGAAGCCCUGUGAAAAGUCAACCUGCAAAGUCAAAUCCAGCAUUGCACAUGCCCAUCUGAAUCUUUCCAACUUGUCUCUCUCAGUUAGCCUGCACAGAUAACCAAUGAACUGUCACAGGACGCAGAGCAUUGUGAGCAGGGGACCAAGCUCCAGCUCCUCCUGAGUCUAAAGGACACUAAUUCCUUUAUGCAGCCUUAGAUGAGUCACUUAACUUCAAUUUCCUCGGCUGUAAAAUGGGGCUAUUGGCACUACCCUGAUUCACAGGAUGUCAUGAGGAUUAGCUGAUGUUUGUACAGUGCUUUGAAGAGUGAAAUAUUUAUUGCAUGAUGUAAGCUAGAUGCUGCAUCUCAACUAUGCCCUGUCUCCUGACCAGGAGGGUGCGAGCUAGUGUUUCCUUGCGCAUAGAAACCCUCCCUGGUUUACAGUCAGUUCUCCCACUACUUUGCCCUAGUGUUGUUCUCCAUCUGACCAGUCCUGACUAGAACAUCUAAAACAGCUUCUCCCAAGGCUGGAGUAUUUUUUUUUCCCCCCAGCAGGAAUUGCUGCCAGAGCUAAGUAACGCAGCCAGCUCUUCUCUCUCUGACACAGAUGUUGUCUGUCCCCAGUGCAGACAUCUGGCCAGUCUCUGAACUUUAACCUUUCAAAGCAAGCGCCCUGUGCUACGCAUCCAGUGAGACUGAUCAGACCUGUUAGCAGCCUCUGGCUUUAGAGAAAAUGUGCAAAUUUACUUUUCAUCAAAGUUUCUCUAUAGGGGAUCCUCAUAUUACCCAGAAGUUCCCUUUUCUUAUGCCCUUACCCUGGGGCCUCUUGAGCAUCUUUCUCUCUUUUGAUGCUCUCACUCUGUCUCGCGUGUGUACAGCUUCCAUUUAAUUGUUGGAAACAAACCACAGAGAGCUAAAAAGGUCUCCAUUUGUCUGUCUGUCUGUGUCUCUCUCUGCCUGUCUCAUGUGUGUCCUUUUCUAAUUAGGGCUGGGUGACCCUCUUGGAGGAUAAGAUUCUGUGACCAUUGAAAACUAUUCAGUGGAGGGGAAGGGUUCUCAAACCUAUUGACCCUAUUUUCCCUGUAUUUUAAUUCUAUGUUUUGCCAGCUCAAGCAAAGUCUGUACUAUAGGGAGGAGCCUGCCAGCAUUUCCCCAUCAGAACAGUGGUGAGAGCAGGUUACUAGGAGGCAGGAUUCCCCGAUUCUGUUCCUGGCUUUGCAGCUGCUUUCUGACCUUGGGGAAAUCACUUCUGUUCUCUGUACCUGUGGCUACGUCUACACAGUGACACCAAAUCUCCAAGCCUAGGUCGAUUGACUCGGCCUCACAGGGAUUGGCUGUGGGGCUGCAAAUAGCAACAUAGCGGUUUGGGCUCGGGCUGGAGCCUGGGCUCUAAGAUCCACCCCCAUUGCAGGGUCCCUGAGCCUGAAUGUCUACGCUGCAAUUUUUAGCCCUGCGAGCCCAAGUGAGCUGACGCAGGCUAGCUGCAGCCAUGCCACAGGUCUUCUAUCUUAUAGGAGAGGCCUAGCCGAGGUCAGCUCCUUAAAGGUCAGCAAAGUAUUGUUACAGAAUGGGAGUGUUUGAUGAGGCCUGGCGGAAGCUAUUUCAACCACAGAUGUCAGCACUGAGGGCGCACUGUGUGGGGGGUGGCUGCAAGCCUUUGUAAGAGCCAUUCUUUUAUUUAUUUAUUUUGUGUUGUUAUUAUUAUUCCAAAAAUUGACUCCUGCGUCUCUGACUUGCUGCUCCUCCUGGGGCUGGCACUCCGUGCAGAAUGUACUCUGGUAACCUCAUUAUGGGGGCUGCCCCAAGACAACAUCCACAGUGGGGUCCCUCUUUUUUCCUGCAGUCGGUGACCUUUCAAACUAAAGCUGCUACGGGUGGUGUGCUAAGGGGCUCCUCGGCCUUUACCCACUCCCUGAGUAGACCAGUGUUAACAUUCUGCUAGCUUGGCCCACGUGAAAGGCAGACCCUUGCCUGGGGCCCCAUUAAGCAGCCACGCCAAGGAAAAAGGAAAGGGGAUUGACCCUUCCACCAUGGAAUGGAAUUGGGACAGUGAAAGAGAAGCCGGUUUUGUUAAUCUU